AGGCGAAGCGCCAGGUUGUGUGAGGGCUUUGUGUGACCUGCUUCCUGUUGCGGUGCAUUGUGGGGCUGAAACACUAGGGACUUCAGGGUGUUUUCCGGUCAGGAAAGAAAGGAGUGUAGGGGCGUGAUCAAUCACCUGUAUAACAAACUUCAAUCGCUUCUGCCAUUUCCUGAGGAAUUUGCUGACGGACAGCGCGGCGCUCCAAUGGGAGCAGGGUCCCAACCAAUCGGGCUGUGGGCGGGUUGUAGCUGAGUUUCAGGUGCGCCGUGACGUCAGAGGCAGGGCGGGGCCGGCAGGAGUUGUUUAUUGUCAGUUUCGUCGAGAGAAGGAAAGAGAAAUGGUGGCGACUGCGAGUAACUCCGGGAGGCCUCAGCUCCUCGCACUUCUCUGCUGCUGCUGUUUGUGGACUGCAGCUCUUGCUGGUGUGACGGCUCCGGAUCCAACUAUCACUGUGAAGGAAGGGGACUCUCCAGACCUGCGAUGCUCUUACACAAGUGACUACAUUAACCCCCGAGUGGAGUGGAAGUUUGUAAACAAAGACCAGGAGACGAGCUUUGUGUUCUACGAUGGAUCCCUGACAGCGUCAUACAAGGACCGUGCUACUUCCUACCCACAAGGCAUCAAGCUGAAUCAGGUCACUCGCAAAGAUGCCGGGGAGUAUUCCUGUGAGGUGACCAGCACUGGGACCAAAGUGUUGUAUGGGGAAGCCAAGAUCCAGCUGCAGGUUAUAGUUGCCCCUGGAACGCCAGUUGCUCAGGUGCCAAGCUCUGCCAGGACGGGCAGUGUAGCCGAGCUUAUGUGUGUAGAGACCCAGGGAUUCCCACUCCCCACCUUCACCUGGUACCACAAUAAUUCCCCAAUGCAAGCAAAGUCCCAGAACUCCACUUACACCAUUGACCCCAAUACUGGAGUGUUGAAAUUUGCUUCUGUCGGCACAUCAGACAGUGGGGAGUAUUACUGCAAGGCUACAAACAGCCAGGGGGAGCAGUCGUCUGCCAUUGUGCGAAUGGAUGUCAAGGAUGUGAAUGUGGGGGGAAUCGUUGCAGCGGUGGUUAUUGUGCUGCUCAUACUCGCACUCCUUGGCUUUGGACUCUGGUUUGCCUAUAGCCGCGGAUACCUGGAUAGAAAAGGAAACAAGAAAGUCAUUUACAGUCAGCCAUCAGAAACUCGCAGUGAUAAGAAUUUCCAGCAGACUUCCUCCUUCCUGGUCUGAUGUGGGGGCCCCGGUGGGAUGGCGCCUCUCUGAGCUGUGGCCCUUAUUGCUGCUGGUCCCUCGGGGGCUCUGUGAGGGUCCCAUUUGCACACAUGCUUUUAUAUGAAUUUCCCAUGGGGUUACUGGAGGGGUCCCUGUCACAGAUGAUUUUACAUUUGCUUUUAUAUCUGUUUUAUUUAUGACUCUCACAUUCUUUGGGGCUUCCCUUCUGUAAUUAAUUGGGGUGCAGCUUGUGUGUUUAUUUGUGUACUCAGAGAAAAUGAAAUUGUGUAAAUGAAUUUAAUAAUGAUUUCCAGACAGACAUGUGACGUGGGCUUGAUUCCCAACUGCCAGAUCAUUCGUAUUCAGCCAUGUUCUGACAGCUAGAGUCCCAUGUACUAAUCUAACACUACCCAGGAGCUGCCAUGUAUAUUGCUUUCAAUUGUAUUGUGUGUGUGUAACACUAUUGUGCCUUUCUAUCAUGGAUUGUAAUUACAGGCCCAGACCACUAGGUGGCAGUCAGCCAUAUACACUAUAUACUCUCUAUAGCUGCAGGCCACACCCCAUAAUGCAAGGCCAGUGCUAGGAUUGGCUGCAGCAUUGUGUGACCCAGAGGUUACCCCUUGCCCUGUGGAACCCCCAAUAGUCUUCCUUAUGUGAUGCUCAGUGGGGGAUAUGGGGGCAUCAGAUUAGAAACCUGCACCCCUAAAUGACCAAAUUCCCCCCACAAAUGUUCAGAUGUGAGACUGACGCCCCCGUCGUACUGUAAGAGAAUAGUCGGCGCUCCUUUGCACUCAGUAUGGCAGCUCCUGCCGUGCUGCAGCUAUUGUGCAACACUUCUACUCCUGUGUAUUUUCUAUGGAUUCUCAUUUCUCUUGAAAUAAAUGUUUUCUUAAUAAGAA